GAACGUAAGACUGUUUCGUAUUUUGUUUGAUUUUUCAAUUAUUCAUCUCGAAAAUUAUUGGCCCGCCAAUGCUUUGAAUGAAUUUAAAAUGCACGAAUAUUUCUUGUAAAUACUUGAAGAUAUUAAUAUCAGACAAAAUAAACUAAAUUUUCAAGAGCAUAUCACUGUUUUCUUUUUUACUUUUCUCGCGAUGUUUCAGGAUUUAGAAGAGUUUGGAUAAAAGAAACAACUGUUUGGUCGUUCUCAGAGCUGCAGUUUUAUCUCUCACAAUGUUUACAACAGGUUUACGCUGCCAACUAUUAUUAAUAUUAAUAUGCUCUCAUAUUUGCUCAACGCUUUUCUACACAAACAGUCGUGAAAAUGACUAUCCCAGAAUUGGUAAACGACUUGAAAUGUUUGAAGUGUUAAAAGGAAAGUACUCGUCUCCAAAAUAUAAAGAAACUUAUAAAACAACAAGUCCGGACAAUGAAGAACUAAAUGCUUUUGAUAGUGAUGAACAGUCUUGGAACCUAGGUAAACAUGAUCAAAAAUUAUAUGGAAAGUCAAAACUGGAAAGACAAUUAGACGAAAGCCGGCCGAUAUUAAUAGCAGUACAGCAUAAAUCCGAAAAACAACGUGAUCCUACUGAAGCAGAUGACAUUGAUGGAUAUUUAGAGCUGUUUCAUCGGAUAAAUCCGGAGUUUGACAACAUAUAUUGAAUAGGCAUACUCCUGCUUGUAUGCCUUCAUAGACUUACUUCAUUUUAAAAAGAAACAUGUCAGUAUAUACUGUAUGAAAACAUUAAUCAUUAACAAUACAGUGAUACAGUAAAUUAAAAACAACAAUCAAAAUUAAUAAACAGAAAUAAACAAAAAGGAAUAAACAUUUCAUUGGAUUCUGAGCAAAUGGUUACAAAUGUUUUGUUAAAAGAACAGCGUUCUUGUAUUGCAAUAUUUUAAUAAACACAGUCUUAACACCAG